AGCUAUUUCCGCUUCCGUGCAUCGGGUUCAGGGGGAGGAGUUAGCCGUAGAUGCCCGCCCCUUGAGCGUGUAUCUUGGAUGUAUGGUGAGACAUGGCGAGUGUGGAGGAUAUAGUUUCCAGAGACCUGUCCGCAGCAACAACUUUGAUUGGCACAUUGCAUCAGCAGGUCACUGCUGUCACCACACAUGUGCAGAGCUUAAUACAGAAGAUCCGCAAUGGAAUGUACCCAACAGAAAAAGGUCUGAGCUUCCUGGAACUGAAAGAUCAGUUGCUUGUGAUGUAUAUGCAGGAUCUUACAUACCUUACAAUGGAGAAAAUUCAUGGGAGAUCCCUGAAAGAGAAUCCAGCCAUCAUGAGACUGGUGGAAAUGCGCACAGUGUUGGAGAAAAUGCGUCCUGUUGAUCAAAAACUAAAAUACCAAAUCGAUAAGUUGAUGAGAGCUGCUGUGACUGGGAGCCUCAGUGAGAACGAUCCUUUGCGUUUCAAACCCAAUCCUCAGAACUUGAUGAGCAAGUUGGAAGAGUCUGAUCAGGAAGAAUUGGGAAGUGAUGAAAAUGAAGGUGGGGAAAGCAAAAAAUCCCAUAGCAAGGUGAAAAAAUAUGUGCCCCCACGACUUGCACCAGUGCAUUAUGAUGACACAGAAGUAGAGCGGGAGCGCAGGAUCUUGGAGCGGGCCAAGAAAAGGGCUCUGAGCAGUUCUGUAAUUCGGGAACUGAAAGAACAGUACACUGAUGCCCCAGAAGAGAUUAGAGAGGGCCGAGCUUAUCAUAUGAUGCACCAUGAAAAAGAGGAGCAGCAUCGCACAAAAUAUGAAGAGUCCAUGAUGGUACGACUAAAUUUGACAAAAAAAGAAAAGGCGCGUAAGAAGAGAUCACUUGCCAUGACCUCCCAGCUCAAUUCUCUUACACACUUCACAGACAUCAGUGCCCUAACUGGAGGAGAUACAAGGACAGAGGACCUAAUGCCCUCAGCCAAGAAAUCAAGAAAAGGACCAAAGAAAGGAAAGAAGAAGAAGGGUUUCAGGAAACGUCGCUGAAACAGGACCACAGUGCAGAUUGUGACUGGCUAGCAAGAACAUGUAUUGUCUUUAUUUCUGAGGGACACUGGUUACAGAAGAAUUUCUACUCUGUGUAUUUACGAUCAGUUUUCAACCUUUUAUUGUGGAAUAUGUGGUCUACUUGCAUAUGCCAUGAAGGACAGCUCCAGUGACUUUCAACAUUGUGGGUUCCAGAUAUCAGUGCAAUGACUAAUGGGAACAGGACCUCUGUAUAGUAUAAUAAGUGAGGAUAAGCAGUCAUGGGUUUUCUAGCGUUUGUAAAUUUAAAAAGGGCUAGGGAUAUCUGGACAGGUAAUGUGUUUCCACUAAAAAUGUUUUAUAUUUUUCUUCUUGUGGACCCAGAAUAUCUUUCUUGGAGUAAAACUAUCUGUCCUUAGUCCUAAGGAUUUCAACUAGGGGUAAUGAAUGACAACCAGGACAUUAUUUUACAAAGUCUUUUAAAAUGAAGGCAAUGCCUCCACAAAACUUUAUUCUAAUUUUUGUGUCCUCAGUAAAGUUGGAAAAUGAAUGUUAGGGGAACGUCAGAAAUAAACAAUUCUGUGUUUUGUUGACUCAGGUUUUGUAAAAUAAAGAUACUACCCCUUAUAGUGAA